AUGCCACGCCCGCGGCAUGAUGAAAAUCCGCCCUUGGUUUCGCAGUGCUUCCUGCAGUUUGUGGAAGACGAGCCGGACCCGGAGCAACACAACAAGACAAUUUUCAAGCAGAGCAAAGAGAUCACCAAACGCUUUCCUGGGGCGCCAAUUAGCAAGCAUCAUCGAGCGAAGUAUAUCUGGCUAUGUCAACUUCAGCUUCAGGGUCCGGGGCCUUUCUACACCAUGAGCCCUAAGGACAUGACAGAGGGACUGGAGCCUUCUGAGGAUCUCUCCCAGAACCACUGCGACAUUUGUGGCAGACCUUGUGGGCGCCUUCAUGUGUUCCGGGCCUUCAAGCCGUGCACAGGAGUGGCCGGCAUGCAUCCAGACCGAAGGCUACACAGCUUCAUCAGCUAUGUGUCAAAGGGCUGUGGCAAAGGUUUACUAGGUGAACCUUCACCAAGAGCCGAACUUCGUGCCAAAGUUUUGAAGAUUUUGCUUCAGCAGACUCAGACCGAGAUCUUGGAGCAACUUGCAGACACCUUCGGCCCGAAAGAGAUGAAGGGCGUGAUUGUUGAGCUGGAACGUUAUGCUGGGGUGAAGAACAACCAAGCUGGCACUGGCAGGUUUGUAGCCGCAGACGCCAAGAUAAGGGUUCCAACGGACCGGGCUGCUCGCCCCGAGGAUGUGUUGGCCGCCUUGGAAUCCUUCAGAUGGCCCCUCUGUCAUAGCCGGGCAAACGUGCGGCCGGAUGGGCAGCUAAAGUUGGAGGCAUUUUGCUUGGGAAUUGCUAACUCCUACAGUGUUGGCUUGACGUCUUCGAAGAUGACCCAUGCCAUGAAAAAUCUGGCCAAACUUGUGGUUGCCUUGGGCAGGCAGUUGCCCGGUCACAGAUUCAGCACUGUACAGCUCAACCUGAAUUACUCCGCCCGGCUGCAUGUAGACGGAAACAAUUGCGGCAGCAGUGAGAUCCUAGCGACGGGUCGCUUUGGUCAAGGAGGGCUUUGGCUCAUGAACCCUGAGGGGAAGAAAGUGGAAGAAGACGACGUGCCGAUGACGGUCACUGAGCCCCUGAAAGGGUAUGAUUUCCGACCGCAGGACGUCAUCUACGGCCGUGUCCAUGACAUUAACGGCAAGUGGUUCCACUUUGAUGGCCGGAUCCCGCAUGCAGCAAUGCCUUACACUGAUGGGCCACGCGUGUCCUUGGUUUUUUUCUGCCGGAAGGGUUGUGACAAGAUCAAGGACGCAGAUCGGGCCUUGCUGGAAGAACUUGGGUUCCCCUUGCCAGACUCCGAAUGGCUGCAGCAGCAGGACACUGAGUUUCAUCAAACACAUCCUGCUUUCAAGAGACGUCGGGUGGACAGCUUGCGACGCGAAUCAGUGGAAGAAGUUGAUUCGGAGGAGGAAGUGGACGAAGAAGAGGCAGACGUUAACGACUUUCCUGGUUCCCGCGAAAGUUCCAGUGAAUUGCAAGAACUGAAGUCGAAAGCCCAGGCUUUGCUGGAGUGCUUGGAGGAAAACCGAAGUGCCUUCAGCAACUUCAGUGUGGCUGGUGAGAAAUUGACUUGGGAGGAGCGUGGUCGCAAAUUGCGGUGCUAUGCCCAGCAGUUAUGCCCUAUUCCAUGUGACACUGCCAUGGAGUGGAUGAUUGAGGCCGCUGGUGACAAACCUUCCAAACUUGGCACUGACAUAAUUGAGGCUGGCAUCGAGUACUUAAAUGUUUGCUUGGAUGAGUGCCGCAAGUCUUCCCAAAAACCUGGCAUUGACCGCAAAUUGACACGUUUUCUGGAGAACUUUGCAGCUUUGCAACAAGCCAUUGAAAACACUGGCCUCAAUGUGCCGGGAUUGGGCAAACUGGUGUCGGAUUCCACUGCAUGGAAUUUGCGGCGGAGCUGCAAAGCCGUUCCAGCGAAAACAUUUGGAGCCCGCUCACCAGCACGGGCGGCUGAAAUGCUGCAGCAGCUAAGCCACCCUGAUGAUCAGAAGUUCGUUCUACACCGGCUGGCCACGGUGAUGGAUACCGCGGAGAUUCAAGAGUUCAUCAGUGCCGGGGGAUUGACGGCGUUGAUGGUUCUGGCAGGCGAAUUUCUCCAAUCCAAUCCUCCUGAAGGUGUUGUGAAGGAUAGCGCAAUGAGAUUGCGGGUCAUGGACAAGUUCCAGAAGGGCAUAGCCCAUGCGAAGAUGUGGUUGGAGGAACCCGUUGGAGAGCCUGGCGCUCGCUUGGAGAAACUUUCGACUUUGCAGCAAAGUUUUAACCCACUCCUUGAGGAGCGUGACUCGCUGCAGGCAAAGGUGCUCAAACGACGAGGGGCCGAGAUGUGGAGGAGGAUCCAUGAGCUGGAAAAUGAAGGUUGGAAUGCGCUCCUGGAGCGCCUCGCAUCAUUGGCCUGCCAAUUGAGAGAGCAACGAAGCUGUCAGGAGCAGCUGGCGAGCGCAAAUCUGGCUUCCAGCGCAGCCGAGGUUGUUCGGUCCCUGCUGAGGUGUGGAGGAAGGCAUUUGCAAGCAGCGGCUUGUUGA